AUGUUUUCAAUUUUAUUAAUAAGUUAUUUAAUAUUAAUUACAAAUAAUUUAUCAAUUGAUAUAAUUGAAAAUGAUUUAAAUAAUUCAAUUGAAAAAAUUCUUCUUAUUAAUGAAAAUUUAUAUAUUGGUACAAAAAAUUUUUUACAUCGUUUAUCAUCAUUAACAUUAAAUAAAACAUUAUUAUCAUUAAAACUUAUUUCAAAUAUUGAUAAUCUAUCAUGUACUCAAUGUAAUAUAAAUAAUCAUAUUAAAAUAUUAUUAUCAAUUCAUAAUAAAAAUAUACUUUUAUGUGGAACAAUAUAUCAAGGUACAUGUCAAAUAUUUGAUCAAAAUUUAAAUAUUAUUAUUAAUUCAUCAUUACCAAUUGUUGCUAAUGAUCCAAUAAAUAGUACUAUUGCAUUAAUAAUACCGGAAAAAAAUUUAAUUUAUUUUGGUGUUACAUAUACAAAUGAAGGUACAUAUCGUUGGCAAAUACCAAAUAUAUCAGGACGAUCAUUAAAUAUAUCACGUUUUAUGAAUAUUUUAUCAACAAAUGAUAAUGAAAAAAUUUCAAAAGAUGAUUUAUCAUUACGUUUUAUGUCAAGACAACAAACAAGAUUUAUUAUUCAAUAUAUAUAUUCAUUUUAUACAAAUAAUUAUAUUUAUUUUAUAACAAAUCAACCAAAUGAUAUUGAACAAAAUUAUUUUCUUACUAAAAUAAUACGUUUUUGUCGUGAUAAUUCAUAUUCAAUUAUACGUACAUAUAUUGAAAUACCAUUGAUAUGUUUUAAUUCAGAAUGGAUUAUUAAAACAGCUGAAAUUAUUAUAAAUGAUAAUAAUGAAAAAAUUUUAAUUGGACAUUUUACAAGAAAAGAUGGUAGUGGAGGAACAAAUAUUUGUUUAUGGAAUAUUCAAAAUGAUAUUGAUAGAACUUUUGAAAAUAAUUAUCGUACAUGUUAUUCAAUGGGUAUUGGAAAACGUGGUUUAGCAUUUAUUAAACCAAAUGAACCAUGUAGAAAAGAUGAAAGUUGGUCAAUACCAAUUAAUGAUGAUAAUCUUUGUCCUUGGAUAAUUAAUGAUCGUUUACCUUAUCCAAUUGGUGGUACAACACCAGCUAUUGGUCAUUUACUAUAUGAAAAUUUACUAGAAAGUUCUAGUGCCUUACAGAUAUAUUCAUUUGGUUCAUCAUAUGUUAUUUUUCAAGGUUUAACUAAUGGUACUUUUAAAUUGGGUCUAUUCGAUUUUGGAGUUCAUAUAAAUUGGGUUUAUUCAUAUCAACUAUCUACACAAUCACCAAUACUUUCAAAUGUUAUUUUUGAUAACAAGACAGAAAGUUUCUUUUUAGCUUCACAAUCAAAGAUCUAUCGUAUAUCAUUUUCGGGUGAUUGUACAUCACGUUUGUCAUGUGAUGAAUGUUUAUCUUCAUCAAAUAAUCCUUUAUGUGGUUGGUGUACAUUAAAUCAACGAUGUACAUUGGCUAAUAAUUGUCCUUUGAAUUCCUGGCAACAAGAAAGUAAUCAAUGUACACAUAUUGUUAAUGUUCAACCAUUGAGAGCUUCAAUUGACAAUAGUCAAUGGAUUAAUCUAACUUUAACGAAAUUACCACAAUUAGAACAUAAUGAAAUCUAUCAAUGUAUUUUUACAAAUAAAAUAAUAUCGGCAAAUACACAAGCAAUUAAAUUAGAUCAUAAUCGUCUUUCGUGUCCCACGCCAUCAAAAAAUAUUCAUGUUCAUCAAGAUGCUCAUUUAAUUGUUCGUUUAUCAUUAAUAAAAUGGCCAUCAAAUAUUAGUAUUGCUACAAUAUCAGAAUUUACAUUUUAUAAUUGUUCAUCAUAUUUAUCAUGUGUAUCAUGUCGAACUGAAAUUGGAUGUCAAUGGUGUUCACAACGUUGUUCAUCAAUGUGUACAGAAACAAUUUCACAAUGUUCAUCAUUUGAUUUAUUAAAUUCGACAAAUAUUUUUCUUGAAUCAAAUCAAUCUAUUGAAAUUCCAUUAAAAUUUAAUUUUAUACAAUAUGAUAAUAGAAUUGAAUGUCGUUUAAAUGAAACAAUAUAUGGUAUAGUUAAUUCAAAUAAUAUUUGUUAUAUAACAAAAAUUCCACAAAUAAAUAAUGAAAAUGAACAAAUUAGUUAUUUAACUAUUUAUCAAAAUAAUAUUUUAAUUGGUAAUCCAAUAAAAAUGUUUAUUUAUCGUUGUGAUUUAUAUGAUACAUGUAAUAAAUGUAAUUUACGUUUAAAUUGUUUAUGGUGUCAAGGUCAAUGUUUAACUAAAUCAAUAAAUAAAUGUUUAAUAAAUGAACAAUGUACAUCAUUACGUAUAAAUGAUUUUUCACCUAAAUUAAUACCAUUAAAUGGAAAAACAAUAAUUAAUAUUUAUUUAAAUGAAUAUAUUAAUGAAAAAAUUCUUGAAAUUUUACUUUUUGAUAUACCAUGUUUAGUAAUUAAUUCAUCAAAUAUAAUACAAUGUCAAGCACAAUAUACAAAUUCAUCACGAAAAGGACAAAUAAGUAUUUAUUUUACAAAUUCAAUAUAUAUAUUAUCAAAAGAAUAUAUUGAAUUUUGUCAAUCAUCAAUUAUUUCUAUUAAUCCAAAUAUUGUUUAUGAAUUUGGUGGACAAAUUCUUCAUAUAAAUGGAUAUAAUUUAUUUAUUGGUAAUGAACAAAAAAUUUUUAUUGAUAAUUAUCAAUGUAUACAAAUAAAACAAACAUUAUUAAAUACAUUAUCAUGUCGUUUACCUUCAAUGAUAUCAAAAAUUUAUAAUAUAACAUUAAAAAUCGAUAAUCAAUUAAUAAAUAUUCAAGAUAAAUUAAAAGUAACACCAAAUCCAAUUGUUCAAGAUAUUGAUCCAACGACUAGUUUUGCAAGUGGUGGUCGUUUAAUAACUGUUCGUGGAAUGUAUUUUGGAUCAGCUCAAAUAAUCACGGUGAAAUUUUCUCAUAAAAAAUGGAAUGAAAAAUUAAAAAUAAAUUCUAAUGAUAUAUUAUCAACAGAAGAUGGAAUGAUUUCAUCAUUUUAUUUUCGAACACUAGGCAUUCCACCAUCAUCAAAUGAAUUUCCAUCACCACCAUUAGAUGUUAAUUUUUCAAUUUAUUUUGAUAAUUCAAUUAUUUCAUUAACAAAUAUAAUUCAAUUUCAUUAUAUUCCUGAUGUUUUAUUAAAUAUAUCAACAAUUCCACCAAUAUUACCUUAUACAGGUGAAGAAUUAAAAUUACAAGUAGAAAAUUUAACAGAAGCUGCAUCAAUGUCAGAUAUUCAAUUAUUUAUUGGAUGUUCAGAAUGUAAACUUAAAACAUUUACAUCAAAAGGUAUUACAUGUCAACCACCAACAAAAUUAAUAACAAACACAGCAAUUAUUCUUAAUAAUCAACAACAAAAAGAUGAUUGUACAUUAUUUAAUUCUUCAAUUGGUCCAAUACGUUUUCAUAUUGGUUAUCGAGAAUAUUUAAUUGGUUAUUUAUCUUAUACUCGAUCAUUAUCUAGAAAAUAUUCAAAUGUAACAAUAAUAUCUCUUAUAUUUGCUAGUUGUCUUUUAACAAUAUCAAUAUUAAGUCUUAGUUUUUAUCUAUUCUAUAAAUAUAAUGGAAAAUCAAAAUCUCAAAUAAAUUCUUUAUCUACUAAAAAUAAUGUUAAUCUAAAUGAAAAACAAUUUUGGUCAACUAAUACAUCUGCAUCAACAGCUCCUUAUUAUCAAGUAUAUGAACAAAUACCAUCUUUAUCAUCACAUGAUAAUACUUUAACACGAGCACCACUUCUUCUAUGUCCAUACUAUCAAGAAAAAUGUUGUACACCACCUAUUAUGGAACAAUUACAAAUGAGUUUAUCUUUUCUAACAACAAUAUCUAUAGAAGAUGAUCAAUUAAAAAAACUUUUAUUUAAAAAAGAUCACAAAUUUUCUUCAAUAAAAUAUCGUCCAUCAAUGGAAUUAUUUUAUGAUUUACUUAAUAUGAAACCAUUUUCACAAGCAUUUAUUGAUGAAUUAAUUAAAUAUAAUUCAAAUGAUUUAAUAGAAUCAUAUGUUUAUCUAUUUCGUUAUAGUUAUUUAAAUUUUAAAUUAUUUCCAUUAAAAAAUGAAAUUUUAUUUUUAAAAUUUUUUUCAAAUCUUUUUCUUCGAACUAAAAAUGAUUUAAUUAAUAAAUUUCAUUUAUUUGAUGAUUUUUUACGUAUAUUAAUUGAUUUAAUAGAUUCAUCACCAUGUGAUGAUUUAUUAAAUUGUUCAUCACGUUCAAUAUCAUCAUUAACAUUAUUAUUAAAUAAUAUUCCAUAUUGUUCAUAUGAAUUAAAAAUAAAUUAUGAAAAUUUAUUUCAUUUUCAUAUAAAUGUUCUUGAUUGUGAUACAAUAAAUAAAUUAAAACAAAAAAUAAUUCAUUAUUUAAAUUCAAAUGAAAAUACAAAUCGUUUAAUUGAAUAUAAUGAAAUUGAUUUAUUAAUACCAUUAUUAAAUUCAUAUUCAUAUACAGAUCAAAUUCCAAUGUUAAAAAAUUUUUUAAUAAAUUCAACAAUUUAUUGUCAAAAAAAACUUAUUAUAAAAAAAGAAAAAAAUAAUUUUCUAUAUCAUUUAUGUAAAGAAAAUCAAUUAAUUUAUGAUAAAAAUUUAAUUGAAGAAAAAUUAAAAGAAAAUAAAUAUCGUUUACAACAAAUUUUAAUUUAUUUUUAUCAACAAAUUAUAAAUGGUUUAGAUUUAUUUUUCAUUUUUGAUAAUGAAUCAAUUCAAGAAAAUAAUCAAAUUUUAUUUCAACAAUAUAUUCAAUUGGUCAGUGAAUUUAUUCGACGUUUAAAUCGUUUAAUGUUAUGUCGUUCAACUUGUCCAAUAAUCGAAUCAUGUUUAAAUGUUAUUGCAGAUGGAUUAGAAUUUAUAUUUGAUACUAAAACAGAAUUUUCAUCAGAAAUUAAAUUAUUAUUUAUGGAUGAUAAAAAAUAUUUUUCAUCAUUUAAUAAAAAUAAUUUUCAUAUUUCUUCAUCAAAUCAUAAUAAUACACAAUUUUCAUCAAAUGAUAUUCGCUCAAUAAUACUUAAUGAUGAGAUUGCAAUUGAAUCUCUUUUUAAACUUUAUCAAUUUUAUGAAUUAUAUAGUGAACCUAUUAAUCAACAUAUUGGAGAAAACCAUGUCAGUGUGUUGUUACCUGUUCAUCAUCUUCUUGUACAAAUUCGCCAAUUACUUCAGUCAGAUAAUACAACGCUCAUUUAA